AUGGCGGCAACAGAUGGAGAAGCUGGCUUGGAGGCCUUCUUCGCGUUGAUGCACAACGAGGGCGGCAUCAUUGUACAAGGUGCAUCACGAUUUGAGCGACUCCUUCUGAUCGGACAAUGCUCCCCUUCGUUGUGCGUCGAUUCACUCAAAGCCGCGGUGAUUGAGGCGAAGAAGGGGAAGGAUGUGCGUCGUUACCGAGAGGCAUGGAAUUACAUGCGGGUUGCAGCACCCAACGAUGCUCUGGCACAGUUGGACAAGAAAUGGAUCGACGCCACCGAGGCAGCCAACACAGCAGAGACCAAGCAUCUCGAGAAAGAGCUGAAGGCCUAUAAAAAUAACCUGGUGAAGGAGAGCAUUCGGAUGGGUCACGAAGAGCUAGGAAAGCAUCUGCAAUCGAUCGGCGACCUUGCCGGAGCUGCCGAGGCAUAUAAUCGCAUGCGGCCAGACGUCAGCACGCCGAAGCACAUUGUCGAUGUUGGCAAGCACCUCGUCAGCGUGGCGAUCGAGCGACGAGAUUGGCCAGGAGCAGUCGGGCAUUUGAACAAGGUUACUGGAUUGCAAGGAAGCGAGGAAGACAAGUCCUACUUGCCGUACUUGCGCUCCAUGACUGGACUCGCCUAUCUCGGCCAGUCUAAGUACCUGACAGCAGCUAAGCUGUUCCUAGAAGUUGAGAGCAGCGUUUCGAUUGCCAAGGUGACCGGUGGAAUGAUGACGGGCAACGACGUCGCAGUAUACGGCGGCUUGCUAGCACUCGCAUCCAUGGACCGGAAAGAUCUCCAGACCAAGGUGCUAGAGAACUCUAGGUUUCGAUCGUACCUAGAACUAGAACCGCACAUCCGCCGAGCCAUUGCGCAAUUUGUCAACGGUCGUUACGCUGCGUGCCUCUCGAUCCUCGCAUCCUACCGACCGGACUAUCUGCUAGACCUGUACCUGCAGAAGCAUGUUAGCACCCUCUAUGAGCAGAUACGGGUCAAGUGCAUUAGCCAGUACCUCAUACCGUUCUCCUGUGUCACUCUGGCAAGUAUGGAUGCGGCGUUUGCGGAGCCUGGCGGGUCCGUAGAAGAAGAGCUGGCUACUAUGAUUCGUGAUAGCGUCAUUGAUGCCCGCAUCGACUCGAUCAACAGGCUGGUUGUUACGACCAAAGAAAACCCACGAGUCAAGAUGCAGAGGCAAGGCUUGGACGCCUUUACCGCAUUUAACAAGGAGGCAACUGAGCGGAUUCGCAGGAUGAGUCUUCUUGCUGCCGACCUCGGAGUAAAAGGCCCCCGGAGGCAGCAUGCCGCCAUGCCCGAUGUUUCCGAUAGCUGGUAUGAGUCUUCAGUCAACGAGACAUGA